AUGAUUCCUCACCCGCCGCAUCUCACAGAAAACCAUUCGAAGAGAUAGAUCCCCAAUUAAGCAAUUAAUUCCCCGGCAUAAAUGAUGAAAUCCGCUCAAUUUCUCGAGUUUUCAGAUUCGUUUACGAGAGAGAAUGACAGAAAAGAUCUUGACCGCCAUGGACGCCGCUUGCGAAGCUCAAACGAAUGGAACAGGUUCGGAGAUGCCAAAGUCAUCUAUCUCCGUCGACCAUUCUCUCCCCAUCGACCAAAUGAAACCUCGCAUCGUAGAGCUCUUAAAGGAUCUCUUCAAGAAAUGGACGAAAUUGGAUGAUUCACACUUUUCUGCUGAAAAAGUUGCUGGUGGCAUCACAAAUCUCUUGUUGAAAGUGACUGUGAUGGAGGAAAAUGGAGAUGAAGUAAUGAUGACAGUUAGAUUGUAUGGUCCUAACACUGAGUAUGUCAUUAAUCGCGAAAGGGAACUGCUAGCGAUUGGGUACCUCUCGGCAGCAGGAUUUGGUGCCAAGUUGCUUGGAGUUUUUGGGAAUGGCAUGGUGCAGUCAUUUAUUGAUGCUAGGACAUUAACUCCAUUGGAUAUGAGAAAGCCUGAGCUUGCUGCUGAGAUAGCAAAGCAACUUAAUAGAUUCCAUAAAGUGGAAAUUCCAGGUCCUAAAGAGUCCCAAUUGUGGAAUGACGUUCUCAAGUUUCUCAACAAAGCAUCCUCUCUUUCGUUUGAUGAUAAUGAGACGAAGCAAAAGGCAUAUGACACCAUUUCUUUCGACGAAGUUAGCGCUGAAGUUACUCAGCUCAAGGAGUUAACUGAAAAUCUUCAUGCUCCUGUUGUGUUUUCUCAUAAUGACUUGCUUUCUGGAAACUUAAUGUUUAAUGAUCAAGAAGAGAAACUCUACAUCAUUGAUUUCGAGUACGGAUCUUACAGUUACAGAGGUUUCGACAUAGGAAAUCACUUUAAUGAAUACGCUGGCUACGAUUGUGACUACAGCUUGUAUCCAAGUAAGGAUGAACAAUAUCAUUUCUUUAGACACUAUUUGAAAGCUGAGAAACCAGACGAGGUAAGCGAAGAGAGUCUUGAAGCUCUUUAUGUUGAGACAAAUACAUAUAAAUUGAUCUCACACUUAUAUUGGGCUUUAUGGGCAUUGAUCCAGGCGAAAAUGUCUCCAAUUGAUUUCGACUACCUUGGAUAUUUCUUCCUGCGAUACAACGAAUACAAGAAGCAAAAGCCAGAUGCCAUCUUGAUGGCAAAGUCGUACCUCUCUAGCUAAGUCCUGCAAUUCGAUGAAAUCUAUUUUUGAUGUUUUGGUGUAAAAUUUUGGAUAAUUGUUUUCAAUCAGGUUCAUGUACUGUAACAAUAGAAGUCUCAUUUUCCUAGAAUAAGUUGUUUUCAAUCAGGUUCAUGUACUGUAACAAUAGAAGUCUCAUUUUUCUAGAAUAAGUUGUGAAUUUGAGUUUG